AUGUCUGACAACGGAGAACUGGAAGACAAGCCACCAGCUCCUCCCGUCCGGAUGAGCAGUGCUAUCUUCAGUUCAGGGGGCAAAGACCAGUUGUCUGCCAACCACAGCUUGAAACCCCUGCCCUCUGUACCAGAAGAGAGAAAACCUAGGAAUAAAAUCAUCUCCAUAUUCUCUAGCACUGAAAAAGGAAGCAAGAAGAAGGAGAAGGAAAGGCCAGAAAUCUCCCCACCGUCAGAUUUUGAGCACACCAUCCACGUUGGCUUCGAUGCUGUUACCGGAGAGUUCACUGUAACCUGUUCCAAUACUUCACAACCCUCUCUGGAAAGAAUUUCUAGAAGGAUGCUUAAAAUAGCCUGGUUUUCUUUUCAGGGAAUGCCAGAGCAAUGGGCUCGGUUGCUUCAGACCUCAAAUAUCACGAAGCUAGAACAGAAGAAGAACCCCCAGGCGGUACUAGAUGUGCUGAAAUUCUAUGACUCCAAAGACACAGCAAAACAGAAGUAUCUGAGUUUUUCUGCUCCAGGUGAGAUCCAAGCACAUACAAGUUCAAGUCUUCUGUGUUCAGAGCCAUCAACGGCUGUGGCAGAUGAUGAUGAGGAUGAUGAAGAAGCUCCUCCUCCUGCUGUUGCUCCACGGCCGGAUCACACAAAAUCGAUUUAUACCCGGUCUGUAAUUGACCCCAUCCCUGCACCAGCCAGCGACACGUCUGUGGACAGCGCGACGAAGUCGGGUGAUAAGCAGAAAAAGAAGGCUAAAAUGUCGGAUGAAGAGAUCAUGGAAAAACUACGCACUAUUGUGAGCAUAGGAGAUCCCAAGAAAAAAUACACCAGAUAUGAAAAAAUCGGGCAGGGGGCUUCAGGUACAGUUUUCACAGCUAUCGAUGUGGCAACGGGGCAGGAGGUUGCUAUUAAACAGAUAAACCUGCAGAAGCAGCCCAAGAAGGAGCUGAUUAUUAAUGAGAUCUUGGUAAUGAAGGAGCUGAAGAACCCCAACAUAGUCAACUUCCUGGACAGUUACCUCGUAGGAGAUGAGUUGUUUGUGGUGAUGGAGUACCUAGCUGGAGGCUCGCUAACAGAUGUGGUCACAGAAACAUGUAUGGAUGAAGCACAGAUUGCUGCUGUUUGCAGAGAGUGCUUGCAAGCCCUUGAAUUCCUACAUGCCAACCAGGUCAUCCACAGGGACAUUAAGAGUGACAACGUGCUGUUAGGAAUGGACGGAUCAGUUAAACUAACCGACUUUGGUUUCUGUGCUCAGAUCACCCCCGAGCAGAGCAAGCGCAGCACUAUGGUUGGAACUCCUUACUGGAUGGCUCCUGAAGUGGUCACGCGGAAAGCUUACGGCCCGAAAGUGGAUAUCUGGUCUCUGGGCAUCAUGGCCAUUGAGAUGGUGGAAGGAGAACCCCCGUACCUCAACGAAAACCCCCUGAGGGCCUUAUAUUUGAUAGCAACUAAUGGCACACCAGAGCUGCAGAACCCCGAGAAACUGUCCCCGAUAUUCCGGGAUUUCUUGAACCGAUGUUUGGAGAUGGAUGUAGAGAAAAGAGGAUCAGCCAAAGAAUUGCUACAGCAUCCCUUCUUGAAACUGGCCAAACCUCUGUCUAGCUUGACGCCACUGAUCUUGGCAGCCAAAGAAGCAAUGAAGAGUAACCGCUAA